GUUUGAACCGGGCCGAUUUCCGCGGGCCGACAAAUAGAACCGGUCGGCUCGUGAUUAGGAGCCUAUAUAGAAUGACGGCUGAGCCAAUUUGGAGCGAACAAGCGUCGUCGCGUGUACGAAUUUCAACGGCCGGACCGGCCAAAGCCAACCUUUCUCCUCGUCGUCGUUGUCGAUGAUUGGAUUAAUUGCAGGGGUGGAACCGCAUCGAAGCAAUGCGGCGGUGAUGGAGAGUUGCGGUAAGCGUCGGAGUUGCGAUUCUUGGAGAGCGGCGAGCGGCGGCGCCGGCGCCGGCGACGGGAACACGGGCAUCAUGGACGAGACAGUGUUGUUCCUGGUGUUCCGGAGCAUCAACUGGGAGCCGCGGUUGAUCUGCUUGGCGGCCUGCGUGAGCAGGCGGCUGCGGGCGGUGGCCAGGCGGGUGCUGUUCCGGGAGCUGUGCGUGGCGCGGGCGCCGCGGAUGGUGGCGGCGCUGACGGCGGGAGGGGCGGCGCCGGCGGGGAGGCUGGGCGGCGGGUGGCACGCGCUGGCCAAGCUGCUGUUCUUCUGCUGCGGGUGCGCGGCCGCCACGCGGUUCUUCGCGCCGGUCGAGCGGCCGGCGAAAGGGCACUUCGUGGCGGAGUCGCGGUUCUCAAAGACGUCGGGGAGGAGCUUCCUCCCGCGCCGGUGCUGGGGCGACCUGCUCUACGUCAGCGACACGUGCGAGCACGCGGCCUCCACCGGCGGGGGAGAGGAUCUGGGCGCGUACAGGGGGGUGUUCCGGGGGUUCGUGCGGUCGCGGACCAGAGCGUGGUUGAUCGGGAAGCGGGCGGAGCUGGAGGCGCGGACUCGCUGCCCCUACUGCGGCGCCCGGGUGUGGAGCAUGACGGCGGCGGGGCUGGUUCCGAGAAGCGCUUCGCGGAGGCUGGGCGCCCACCACGGCAGCUUGGAGUACUUCGUCUGCGUCCACGGCCACCUCCACGGUUAUUGCUGGCUGGUUCAUUUGUCCUCCUCUUCCUCCUCCGGCGACCACUACAGCUCCUCCUCCUCCUCCGGCGAGGACGAUAAACUUCAAGAAGAAGAGGAAGGCGACGAAGGGAGAGUCCAAUUCUGAGCAUGCUCUGCGUUCAUUGCCCUGUACUCUCUCUGUUAUGCUCUGUUUGCUCCUCCCUCACCUUCACUGACAAGCGAGUUAAUGUGAAGAACUGUU